AUGUUCCGCAACAACUACGACAACGACUCCGUAACCUUCUCACCGCAAGGCCGCAUCUUCCAAGUCGAAUAUGCCCAAGAAGCCGUGAAGCAAGGGUCAGUAGUAGUAGGCAUAGUAUCCAAGACCCACGCCGUACUAGCCGCCUUGAAGCGCAACGCUGAAGAACUCUCCUCCUACCAAAAGAAGAUCAUCCCCAUAGACUCACACUACGGCGUCGCGCUCGCCGGCCUCGCCUCCGACGCCCGUGUCCUCUCAAACUUCAUGAAGCAGCAGUCCCUCGCCUCGCGCCUAACGUACGACCGCCCGAUCCUGCUCUCCGAGAUCACGCACCGCAUCGGCGACCGCGCGCAGACCAACACGCAGCACUACGGCAAGCGGCCCUACGGCGUCGGGCUGCUGAUCGCGGGCGUCGACGCCAAGGGCCCGCACCUCUUCGAGUUCCAGCCCUCGGGCGUCACGCAGGAGAUGGUGGCGUGCGGCAUCGGCGCUAGGAGCCAGAUGGCGCGGACGUACUUGGAGCGGAAUCUGGAGCAGUUUGAGGGGGCGAGUAGGGAGGAGUUGGUUAAGCAUGCGUUGAAGGCGCUAAAGGAGAGCCUGAGUCAGGAUAAGGAGUUGACGGUUGAUAAUACGAGUGUUGGGGUUGGGGGCGUGAAGGAGGACUUUAGGCUGUAUGAGGGGCAGGAGAUUAGUGGCUGGUUGGAGACGACGUUUGAGAAUACGAAUACCGCGCCGGAGCCGGAGGCAGGCGAGGGCAUGGAGGUGGAUUCGUGA